UCCUCCGGUGACGUCAGCCGGGGCCGCCAUAUUGGAAAGGCGCCGCCGCCGCCUCCGCCUUGGAGCUCGGGGUGUUUCGGGGGCUGCGGCCACAGGCAGGAAGGCGCUCCUCUCCUGCCCCGCCGACGCCCGGCCAGCCCGCUUCGCCUUGACCUGUUUCCUCAUGACUGCCCCCGGCCCCGCUGCCGACGGACGUCGCCCCGGCGUCCGGAUUUAACACGGAAACCCGGGUCGGAGGCCGCGCGGGGAGGAGGAGGGCGACCCGGUCGGUCCCGCGACCCUCUCGGCCCGGCUCGGCGCCUCGGCGGGAGCCAUGACCUCGCUGACCCAGCGCAGCUCCGGUCUGGUGCAGCGGCGCACCGAGGCCUCCCGCAACGCCGCCGACAAGGAGCGGGCGGCGGGCGGUGGCGCCGGCAGCAGCGAGGACGACGCGCAGAGCCGCCGCGACGAGCAGGACGACGACGACAAGGGCGACUCCAAGGAAACGCGGCUGACCCUGAUGGAGGAAGUGCUCCUGCUGGGCCUCAAGGACCGCGAGGGUUACACAUCAUUUUGGAAUGACUGUAUAUCAUCUGGAUUACGUGGCUGUAUGUUAAUUGAAUUAGCAUUGAGAGGAAGGUUACAACUAGAGGCUUGUGGAAUGAGACGUAAAAGUCUAUUAACAAGAAAGGUAAUCUGUAAGUCGGAUGCUCCAACAGGGGAUGUUCUUCUUGAUGAAGCUCUGAAGCAUGUUAAGGAAACUCAGCCUCCAGAAACGGUCCAGAACUGGAUUGAAUUACUCAGUGGUGAGACAUGGAAUCCAUUAAAAUUACAUUAUCAGUUAAGAAAUGUACGGGAACGAUUAGCUAAAAACCUGGUGGAAAAGGGUGUAUUGACAACAGAGAAACAGAACUUCCUACUUUUUGACAUGACAACACAUCCCCUCACCAACAACAACAUUAAGCAGCGCCUCAUCAAGAAAGUACAGGAAGCCGUUCUUGACAAAUGGGUGAAUGACCCUCACCGCAUGGACAGGCGCUUGCUGGCCCUCAUUUACCUGGCUCAUGCCUCGGACGUCCUGGAGAAUGCUUUUGCUCCUCUUCUGGACGAGCAGUAUGAUUUGGCUACCAAGAGAGUGCGGCAGCUUCUCGACUUAGACCCUGAAGUGGAAUGUCUGAAGGCCAACACCAAUGAGGUUCUGUGGGCGGUGGUGGCGGCGUUCACCAAGUAACUCUGCUCGGGGUGAACCAUUCUCCUUUCUCUCAAGUAAACCAGUAGUUUUUCUUCUGUUGACUUCUGGUUUUCUGUAAUUUGUACUUUCCCACACUAUAAUUGGCUUCUGUUUUACAAAAUGGUGGGUGGCUUUUUUUUUGUAUGUGUACAGGAUUCUGCUGGUACGAGAGGCCUUCCUCUUUCUGUUUUUAAAAAAAGUUUUACUGCCAUAUUGGCAUUCCAUUCCCUGUUGCCAUCCUCACUGUUACCUGUUUUGGGUUUCUGGUCUACUUUGACUUUCAAAGUACCUCCAGCCUCCUCAUACGCACAGCUUUUGGAUGACCUCAGCUUGAGUUUCUCCAUAUGUGCAUGUACAUCUAGCAUUCUGCCUACAGUUCAGACAGAAGUCACAAAAAGGCCUUCAACUCACCAAAGGUAAAUAUCUGUAUCUAUUAAGACAUUUUAUACAUAGACUUCAGUUGAGAUGUGUACUUAGCAAAAUUAUUUUUAAAUUGAAACAGCACAGUAAAUACUUAAUAUAAAAUGCCCCUUGGAUUUUGCUUCCCAUGUAAAUCUAUUGUAUUAUUACACUUGUUAUAAUUUUAACUAUAAAGGUCCAAUUGUUUCACAGAGCCAGUUUGGGAUGGGCUGCAUUCCAUUUAUGCUGUAUAUAGUUUGAAUUAUAUAUAAAUUACCCCUUCUUCUGGCCACCCCUGCUCCCAUCUUAGUAUUUUGCAAGAUCUAAUUGGUUGUACACCUGGUGCCCCUCGCUUGCUUCAAUCAUGGUUAUUUGAUGGCAAAAUCGACCUCUCAUCGCUGAAGGAGAGAGAAAAGAUGUGUGUCUGAUUGGUCCUGGGAUUUUUUGAGCUGUGCCAUUUAUGGUACUCUUUGCCUAUGCAUCCCCUUUUUAGAUUUUUUUUAAAUUUUAUCUUACUGUUUUUAUAAUUUCUAUUGGGAAGAGGCUUGUGACCAGUACCAAUCUUGAGUUUCUUUUUCUGUCCACAAGUAAAUGAAUGUCUGCUCUGAAAUGUCAUUUAUCUACUCACACAUUCUUGGGGAAAAAAUCAAAUGUCAGUCCUAGCAGAUGUUGCAUGUAAAUUGGUAGCAAGUAAUGAUUACAACCCAGAGGAUUAAGAAUUUUGUAACAGAAAGCUCUGCUAUGUUUUAAUUUUUUAUAUACAAUUAGGAUAAUUAGCAUUGUCAGACUAUAAACCUUUGCUUUUUAAAGUUUAUUUUUACUAUUUCUUUAUCACUUUAUUGUAUCAUCACCAUUGGUUUCAUAAUGUAAAUACUAUAUAUUGAACAAAUUAAAUGUCAAAAUUUUUUAUUACCAUAGUCCAUGUUAAUAGUGGGGCUUUCAGGUGUUUAGAGAUUUUUUUUGUUGUUGUUAACAUUCAUUGCAAAAGUACUAGAUGGUGUAUAACUCUAGAGUUGAAUUUUAAGGGAUUCCCUAAUAUGUAUACUAUCUUUUUAUCUGAAGUAAUAAAUAAACAAUGAUCUUGAAAGUGCCUGAA